AUGCGCAUCCAGGAGUUUCCGCAACACCACGGGUGCCUCGCCGUCGAAAACGCGCGGCCCGGUCCGGUCCGCCUGGAAGACGAGCAGGGCAUUGACGGGAAUAAAGAUUCCAGAGGACGAAAGGGUUCCAAAGCCGGCCAUCAAAGCCGCCGUGCAGGAAAGAAUACCAAGUCGCAGGCACACAACUUGCAAAGUGGCCGGGAUGCUUCGGCCGGCUCCCACUGGGGUGGCGACUACGAGCCUCGCCCAUGGGACCAUGCUGGCGAUGGCGAACUGGCUUCCUGGUUCCCGGAGCGCCCACAGGCUCUGCUGGUUCCAAAAGCUGGCGGCCUGUCCCGGAUGACGUCGGCACCCGCACAGAAACUGGCCCGGCAAUCUCUCGGGGCGAAACCUGGCUGUGAGCGCUCGAAGUUAUACACGAAGCAGGGCGUCCAUUCCGGAAGCGAGUCUCCCACAAGCUUUGUAAAGGACACGAAGGCUGAGCCUGUGGCGAAUAGCAGGGACUAUCCAGGGAGCUCACUUGACAGAACGCACAGUCCAGACGUUCUUUCACUCAAAGACCGGGCAAGAAGAUUGUUUGAGGCCUUCGGCGCAUGA